AUGUCUAUUUUUAUGAAGAGCUUGAGAGAUCUUCCUUCGCUGUCAAAACCCUGUAAUACAGCUGAUGUUACAGUCAGUAGGACAGACUGUUUGAAUAGAGGACAGGCAGUAGUGAACCAUGGUUACAACUGCAACUUGGUUGGUGAAUAUGGAAAUGUGACUGGUGUUAUUACAUGUAGGAAUGGCGCCUGGAUUGCUCUUCCAAGUGGAUCUUUACGGUUAAAAAGACAAGCGGCAAAUCCAAAAGGUCCUCGACAACCUGGUGACCUAAUGUUACAAACAGCAGGUGUAGGUGCUUCAAUCGGUGCUACAUUCGGACCCGUUGGCAUGGCUGUAGGGGCGGUGGUAGGGGCAGUAGGUGGAUUAAUUUGUGAGAUAUUCUGUCAUCAUUCUGACCCACCGCCUCCGAACCAACCACCUACCAUACAUUGGGCAAUUCCAAACAAAAAAAUCUACCAUGCGGAGUCAGGACAUGUGUAUGCUGUUGCCAUAUGGCCCAAACCUAGUGCUACAGAUCCCGAGGAUGGCACAGUGAGGGUUGAACUGGUGUUGGGCAGUGAAUCUGGCAGUAGGUUUAGUCGUGGAAGUAAUACCAUCAUAUACCAAGCAAAAGAUAGCGGAGGACUGAUUGAUUCCAAAUACUACACUUUCAAAGUUGAAGUGACCACAUGUAAAGCACCAUUGGCAAGGCCAAGCCAUGGUCUUGUGCAAUGUGAAAAUCCUGAGAGAAUAGCAGGAUCUAACUGCUCAUAUAGUUGUUUUGAGGGAUUUCGAUUGAAUGGUGAUGCAAUAAGAAGAUGUGAGGAAAAUGGUUCUUUCUCUGGACACGAUGCACAGUGCAAAGAUGCCGAGCCCCCGGAAAUAAAAGACUGUCCAACUAGUAUCAAUACCUAUGCAGAAAGAGGACAAAGUUUUGCCAUUGUAACGUGGAACACUCCAACUGGCAUUGACAAUUCUGGUGGAAACGUAACUAUACAACAAACGGUCGGGGAGGUCGCCGGAAGUCGAUUCGAUGUCGGCUUUCACGAAAUUCGAUAUCUAGCGACAGAUUUGACGGGAAAUAAAUCUCCGGACUGUAUAUUUUUUGUCAUCGUCGAAAAGCUGCUUUGUGACCCCCCUGCCAUAGUGGAUCCAUUCAUGAAACUAACGUGUCCAGAUGGAUUUAUAUACGGGUCAAGCUGUAGCCUGUCAUGUAAGGGGAGCUACCCUCUAAUAGGAAAUGACAAGAUGUACUGUGACAGGAAUUCUACCAACUCGAAGUUCACGUACUGGAACUGGGGAAGCGGCCCAAAACCUUACUGUAAACAAAACAAUUGUCCAUCGCUGGUCCCUCCCGUCCAUGGAGCUCUAACCUGUGACAAGUGGGCUUACGGAACACAAUGCAUGCUCCACUGUAACGAGCAUUACGAUAUUCCGGCGGCAGCAGGCGGAGGAAGUGUCGCUAGAUUUACUGGGCAAUUCACUUGCUCCACCAGUUCUGGAAAAUGGAGUCCUGUGGAAUCCGUUCCUGGGUGCUCAGUGAAGCGGGAUCCGGUGAAUUUCGUCUUACCGUCUGAAAUGUAUUAUUAUUCUGGCACUUGUGAUAACAAAACAACACAGGACACUAUCAAGGCACACUUCAUUAAAGAGAUACAAGCAUUACAAUUAGAUCCAGGAUGGCAAGGAAUUUGUCCUAAUACGCAAGACUGUAAUGUCCAGAAUGUGGAUAUAAGUUGUGGUACCGUUCGCAGGCGGCGUGGUAGUCUAUACAUCAGACGAAGACGUCAGACCCAACAGGCGUCCAUUCUUCUAACAUUUGAUAUCAAUCUUCAGUGGAGAGCACUCGGGAAUUCGAGUUUGGACAACUAUCAACGCUUUGACAAUCUUUCAAAAAUCCUUGGGUCUUUCAUCGAGGAAAAAGCCAGACUUGGAAAAUUGGAUGUUCAAAAUGUCUCCUUAGAUACAGCAUCCCUACAGUUCGGCCAACUCGGAAUACAAUGCGAGCCCGGAAGGUAUCCACGUAUUUCAACAGUUUCAUGUGCAUCCUGUCCAUUGGGAUCCACAUAUGUCCCUGCAGCUAGAAAGUGUUCCCUCUGUCCUAAAGGCAUGUACCGCGAAGACGACGCAGAUGUGACUUGUUUGCCGUGCCCUACCGGAAUGUCGACUCACGCAAACGGAACAGUCAACUCCACCGAUUGUCGCCCAAUUUGCAAGAAAGGGCAUUAUUCUCUUGACGGAGUAGAACCAUGUACCCCAUGUUCUCGAAUGGAAUAUGGGCCCAUCACUAUGGCAACUAAAUGUGUAAAAUGUGGAAAGGCCAUGAUGACAAAUUCCUCUGCAAGUACGGAAGCUUCAGACUGCUUAGCUUUUGAUGUUGCUAUCCAUGGUGGAACUUCCUUAACAACAGUGGGUAGAGUUUCAAACAAUAUUGUGAGUUUCACAUUAACAUCAUGGGUUAAAAUAUCAAAAUUCGACGACACCAUCUUACAGCUAUCUGUGAAAAAAGGAGCACAAGAAAUACUUAUUGAAAUUGGGCAACGAAUCAACGUGUCCUUACACAGUUCUCUACAAUCCAGUGGUGAUCUGUUAGAAAAGGGAACAUGGCAGCAUGUAGCUGUUGUAUGGGAUGCCACAUCAACUACAUUGAAGUUUUAUGUUCAGGGUACUGAACAGUUCUCUGCACAUGUAACGUCAGUAGCUACAGGGAUGACAACAACACCGGCAGGAUCAGAUUUGUCUCUAUCGUGUAAAGGUCCUUCGUCCUCAGUUGCACACUUUUCCGGCCUUCUGCUGAAAGCGUCAGUUUUAUCAAAUACCAACAUAAAGACACUAGCAACAACCUGCUACACCAAUGAAAGUGGUGAUUUCGACAUGGCAAAUGUCUUAGAGACACGGGUUGACGGACUGGACCUCGUUACACCGAGUACCUGUGACGCAAAAGACAAUUGCCGUCCAGAUCCUUGCAAUGGUCAUAAGUGUGUCGAUGGAUCAAACACUUUCAUCUGUCAUUGUACCGGUGGAUAUACUGGAAGUACAUGUCAAAUUCCCCCAGACUUUUGUAAGAACCACAAGUGUGAACAUGGCGCCACUUGCAACAACAUGCAGACCAAUUACACCUGUUCAUGUAUGACUGGGUUCAAGGGACAGUUCUGCGAAUCAAAAAUAGUCGAUGGCAGAUUUGGUCAUUGGGGAGAAUGGUCGACAUGUUCAAAGUCAUGCGCAGGAGGUAUGAUGGUAAGAAAGCGUGAGUGUGAUAGUCCUGCCCCGGAUCCCGAAGGGAAACCAUGCUCAGGCCAGGCAACGGAGACGGGAUCAUGUAAGCCAAAUCCAUGCCCAGUGUGUCCACACACGCCGCGCUCCUAUGGAACUAAGAUGUCAUGCAAUAGGUCAAGCGACAUGAUAACUUGUAGUGCGAGUUGUCGAGACGGUAUGUGGUUUACUCCUGGAUUUACACCCCUUGAUGUGUACAAAUGUGGAAAAGAGACAGCGUACCAGUGGAAUGGCAAACCUCCUUCCUGUUCACGUGUGUACAGUCCAGAGUUGUUGGAAACUUCCACUACAAUACAAUACAGUUCGUCUACGCCAUGUCGGGAGCCAGAGAAGAUCAAAGACGCACUUAUACAGAAGACAAAGAGUAAUCUUCAAUGUUCUCAAAACCAGACAUGUGAGAUAAGUGUUAAUAUUGAAGGUUGUUCCGGUGAUCGAACUAAGCGUUCUCUUAGUGGUGUGAAAGCAAUCAUUACCCUCCAGGUACCACUUGUAAAGGGAGAUAAUCUGAAUAUGGAAAACUUUGUACAGACAAAUGCAGUGAGUCCCGCCAUGUUAAAGUUACUGAAGUCCGUUGCCGACCUGGAGACCUCGGUCCAGCAGCUGAACACCACUAGUGAUAUUCUGAAGUUUAAUGUUGAUGGCAAUGUGUAUGAUGUUCUUGCGGUUAGGUCCACAAGCAGUGUCACAUGUGAAAAGGGCAAAGUCAGAUUGGAGGCAUUAUGCGUUGACUGCCCGCAGGGCACAUACAGCGCAGGCCGAGAAAGUUGUCUCCCCUGUGCGUACGGUACAUACCAGGAUGAAACGGGUGCCCAAUCAUGCAAGAAAUGUCCCAAUGGGAUAUCAACGGCCUUCAUAGGGUCGGUGGCGGAAGCUGAUUGUUCAGAUGAUGAUGGUGAUAACAGUUUAGGGAUCAUCAUCGGCUGUUCAGUCGCCGCUGUUGUGCUUUGUGGAAUUAUUUUAGGAAUCGGUAUCCGUUAUCACCUCAGAUCGAAGGCAAGGAAUUCAAAAAUGGGAAGCUUCGCCAGUAUGAAUAUGGUGCAAAGUGCGAGGCCACCUCAAAAUACGUUUCUGACCUGA